GCUUGCGGUAACAGUGAAUUGAAAGUACGCCAUAAAUAUGGCGCCAAAAGAGUUUUCAAGCUGAUGAUAAGAGCUGAUUUUUCUGUGGUGUUGUCUUUUUUCCCUGGGGUGGGGGUAGAGGUUACAAGAGAAGACCCGCCUGUGCAUUUGUGCAGAGCGGUGCGCACGUACACCGGGUAGAAGAGUGGAAGCUCGGCAAGGCAGCAAGUGAAGACGAGGAGAGCGGAAUGUUUUAUUUUUGAAGGAGGGACGUUGCGAAACUGGCUUGCAAUCUUUUCUGACUCAUCGUUUGGAAAUAAAGCAUCCUUUUCUUUCUUUCUUUUUUUUCACCCCUCCUCCUCUUUCUUCUCCGUCCCCUCCUCCCGUAGCCUACCGCUGGCACUGGGGAGGAAAACACUGUCGGAUUUUGACACCACGUUUGGGCUGCUUUUGCAAAAUGCGACAUGCCUUCCUGUGAGCUGUAUGUUGUGCGCACCUCGCAGCCUGCUAAACCGUGAACAGCGGCGGCACCACUGUAUUUGUUGUUGAGUUAUAGUGGCUGCAACUCCGUCUGGCUGCCACUUUUGGAUUUUAUUUCGGAUUUAGACUCGCUCGCCGGUCUUUGCAGAGCUGACGCGCUGUCAACACGCACCGUGAGGGAAAGGGAAGGGAGGGGAAGGGACAGUCCUGUCACCCAACGUGGAUCCAGAGUCGGGGCUUUUUAGCAGCACUGCUAGCAGCCUGCCAGGGCACCGAGUGGGCAAACUAAACCCUCCUCUGUAAAACUACAUGUGCCUGGCUCCCAAUGAUCUCCUAAUCUCUGGGAAUCGCUCACCGUCCAGGACUGAGGACGUAUCUGCACCAGAAGCUGACUGCGAUCAAGAUGGAGAGCGAAAAGAAGAGGAGGAAAUACUCCACGAGCAGCAACGACUCCGACACCACCGACAGUCAGGUGACGUCGUGGUCCAGGUCAUCCAAGAAUACGGGCACCAGCAGCACAUGGGUCCGCCACCAGCACAAAAAACCAUCAGAGGUAUUUCGUACCGACUUCAUCACGGCUAUGAAGCUGCCGGACUCGGCCCAGCUCGGCCCGGACGACUUCUACGUGCUCUCGGAUCCAUGGAGACAAGAGUGGGAGAAGGGGGUUCAGGUCCCUGCCAACGUGGAGGCCAUACCAGAGCCUGUGGUCAGGUUGCCGCUGGAGUCGACAGGUGGUCUGCCCAGCAACCGGCAGGAGAGGGAGAGCCACUCCCAGCCUCCUCCCACCCAGCGCUACAGCUGCUAUGACCUUGAUGAUCUGGAUGUUGCCUGGCUGGAACUGGUCAACCACGAGUUCAGACAGAUGGCAUUACCAGAGCUGGACGAGCUGACAAUGGAGUGUGUUCUGGUCGAGCUGGAGAGCGUGUGUGAGGAGAAGAUGCAGCAGGCCAUUGAGACAGAGGAAGGCCUGGGCAUCGAGUACGACGAGGACGUGGUCUGUGACGUCUGCCGCUCACCAGAGGGAGAGGACGGCAACGAGAUGGUCUUCUGUGACAAGUGCAAUGUCUGUGUUCAUCAGGCGUGUUAUGGCAUCCUGAAGGUACCCCAGGGGAACUGGCUGUGUCGGACCUGCGCUCUGGGCGUCCAGCCCAAAUGUCUGCUUUGCCCUAAGAGAGGGGGGGCCCUCAAGCCCACCCGCAGUGGAACCAAGUGGGUCCACGUCAGCUGUGCCUUAUGGAUCCCCGAGGUGAGUAUAGGCUGUCCAGAGAAGAUGGAGCCCAUUACCAAGGUGUCCCACAUCCCCGCCAGCCGCUGGGCUCUGUCCUGCAGCCUGUGUCGAGAACACACAGGAACCUGCAUACAGUGCUCCAUGCCCUCCUGUAUCGUGGCCUUCCAUGUGACUUGCGCUUUCGACCACGGCCUGGAGAUGAGGACCAUCCUGGCAGAGAACGACGAGGUGCGCUUCAAGUCCUUCUGCCUGGAGCACAGCUGCACCGCCAGCAACAGUAGUACAACCAUCAACAGCACCUCCAGUUUGACCAGUGUGAGCAACUGCAAUCACACCAACACUUCCACCACCAGCGGAGUACACGCCGCCGCCGCCGCCGCCAGACCUGACUGUGCCACUGCGGGUGUCAGUUCUGAGCUCCGGCCGGACCAGCAGCACCAGCCAAACAGCAGCAGUGACCCGGAGCAGAGGUCGGUGUUGUACCCAGUUCCCGUGUCUGCAUCAGAGCGAGCUGAGCGGGAACAACUGGAGAGAGAGAAGGUGAGCCAGAGGAAACAGAAACUCCAGGAGCUUGAGGAUGAGUUUUACCGACUGGUGGAUCCCAGCGAGGUGGCCGAAAACCUGGCGCUGCCCAUCUCCCAGGUGGACUUCUUAUAUCAGUUCUGGAAAUUGAAGAGGAAGGGCAACUUUAAUCGACCUCUGGUGACCUUAAAGAGGGACGAGGUGGACAACCUGGCCCAGCAGGAGCAGGAUGUCCUCUACAGACGCCUCAAACUCUUCACACAUCUCCGACAAGACCUGGAGAGGGUUCGUAACCUGUGCUACAUGGUGACGCGGAGGGAGAAAAUGAAACACACUCUGUGUGACCUCCAGGAGAAGAUCUUCCACCUGCAAAUACAACUACUGGAAGAGGACAUUGAUGGAGAGAAAACCCAGAAGGGAGAAAAGAGGAAGCAGAAUGGAGUGAAGGAGAAAGGGAAGGAGAGGAGGAAGAGUAGUCCUGAGAAGAAAAAGGAGAGAUUAAAGUCAGAGAACGGCUCCCUGCUAAAAGAGCUAGGUUUGUCAAAGUCCUUCCCACUGGACAACUCUUUGUUCGAUAGCUGGCUCGCCCAGUCGGUUCAGAUCACUGCUGAUGACAUGCUAAGCCAGUGGGCCCUGGGUGCCCAGCAUCGGGACAAGAGCGGCCGCCUGCUCUCCGACCAGCUCCUGCAGGGCGAGGAGAGCCUGCUAAACCUUAUGAUGGAGAACUCCAUGCAGUCCACCUGGAAAACACCCCAGCUGGGCCGCAAACCACGAGGGGGCAACAAGCCCCAUGCUCGUGGACACCCGGCAACCACCACCCCCACCCAGCCUCAAACACUCCUGUCUGCAGCAGCCGCCUCCGCUGCCAGCAGCCCCUCCACUGCAAAGAGCCUCUGGGAGAGUGUGGCGGAGGAUAAUUCCAGCCAUGUGGGCCGGAGAGGGGAAAGGUCCAGGGGCUCCUCCAAGGCCCUGCACCACCACCACAUUCAUCACCACCAGACCAGGAGCUCUGACCUGCACAGGGACCCUCCACCGCAGCCACCCAUCUCCAAAAUGGAUUCCUGUCACAUCUCGGAGGACCGCGGCUGGUGGGACAGCGUCCACACAGGGAAUGGUGUUGCGUCAGGGGCUGGAUCUGGUUUCACCGCGAGCUCAUCACCACCUCCGGCCUCUAGCCCCGGUGUCACGGUGCCUGACACAGGGGCGAUUCUACGUGGCGGGGCCCCACGUCUCCGUCUGUCCCGCCAGGGUAAAUCCAGAGGGAAGGGGUUCAGUGGAGGAGGAGGCAUAGCAGGGCUGGGGCAUGUGGACUUGCCACUCACAGGAAAGGAAUCGUCCCUGCUGGACGCUGCUGAAACUGACGGGUACUUCUCUGAUGGCGAGCAGAGUGAUACAGACACACGCUCUGGCGGACGCAAACUCCGCUUGCCGCAGUUGCAUUCUGGGAACGAGGACCUGCUGAGAAGGAGCGUGCUGGCAUCCUAAAGAACUGAGACUCAAAUUAACACACAAACACAUACACACACAGUUAUCCAAGAAGUGUCCAGCUGGCUAAUUGUUUCCCCAUCUGUGCCCCGUAUAAAGUCUACAAAACAUGGCUGGAUGGCGUUGUUCAGCCAAUCCCUGUCACAUUUACCAGUGGAAAAUCUCUUCAGCUCUUACCUGCUUUGUUUUUGGGGGUGAAUCUGAAUGUAGCUGUUUGCCUGUCGUACAGUAAAGCUUCUCCACCGGAUCGUACUUUGUCGUUAGCUUACCACAAAAUGCGACACAUUAAACAAAAUAGGAAACAAACAUUACCGUUAGUCUUUUUUUGUUUUGUUUUCCAGAUUCAUUUUGUUUCUGGGCGUUGGAAGUACCCAUUUUUGGCCUCAUGUCUGUGGUAUCUGCCAGACUUGGGAACAAACACUUCGGGGCAUUAUUACUAUUAUUAUUAUUAUUCAAGCUGGUUUCAGGGUCUGCUUCGCUCCUGGUCUUUAUGGCCUGAGAUGCAUCCAACAAGUCCUUGAUUUCUUGAAUAUGUUCAGUGGAAAGAAAAUUUCACAACAGAGCUAGUCUGAAUAUGUACAGAGGGUGACAUGGGACAACAUGUAUUCAGCCUUGAAAAGCACAACUAGCUAGUCAUAAGAGCUGUAACGUACGCACUCGUGUGUAUAAUAGAUGCAUAAUCAGGGUUGGGGUCAGUUCUCAUCAUGCUGACUCAGUUGUAAAAUGUACACUAAAGCCGUCAUUCUCAAAUUUAUCAUCACAGACUAAAAAAAAAACUGUUAUCCAUCUUUUGAAUCGCAAAUAGAUUGACCCCAACCCUGGUGCUCAUUCAGAUUGUCACACAGAGACACAAACACACAGACAUACUGACACACAUACUACUAUAAGCAAAUCCCUUUGCUCCCAUCACAGCCGUUUCUGUCUUUUUAUUUGAUCUGACUCUUGUCAGCUGCUUUCAAAUUCUUCCUAAUUCUGUUCUGGGUUUUUUUUUCUUUCUUUUUUUUUAGCCUGAAUCUUUGGAUAAAAAUCGUAGAAACUCUGUGCCUUCUGUCGCUUGCCCCUGUGCCCCACCUCCCCUCAAACCCCCACCCCCCAACCUUCUCACUCACUCAACCAAACAAGCAAACAAUCAAUAAGUUGAUCAAUCAGUCGUUUCUCAAUCGGAUUUGUAACAAUCAAACCAAAAGGAAAUCCUGUUGGAUUGGUUACCAGGUGUAGCCAGCAUUGGGCUCCUUGUCACCUUAACAAUUGUCUAGUGCCUGAAACAAGGAUGUAAAUGCAGCGUUUGCCAUUAAUCAACAAAGCAUCUGCAACAAUUAGCAAAGCAGAGCAACACCGUACUAUCAGUGCAAAGAGCUGCCUACUGUACUCUGUGCCCCCCCUGACUAGAUCACUGCAGUCCAGAGCCAUCAAUAAACGGAGUUUGUCCAGGUCACACUGUGAGCACCAUGUCGCUGCCUCUGAGAGCGAGCCGACUGCAAGAAUAGAUACACAUGGAGAAAAGAAAAACAGAGACAAUAAAACAUUAGCGUGCUAGCAGAUUGUUCAACUUUUGUUCAACAGAUUUUUUUUUUAUAUUUUGUGUAGUCUGUUUCCUCUGUCAACAAUCAGUUCAGUAGUAUGAAUGAAUAAUGCUUCGUUAUUCAAGUUUCUCGUGUAAAAAUACAGCUACAUUUUGGGCUGAAUCACAAAGGUGGGCAGAAACACAAGAGCCUCCCUGUCACUGCGGCAUUUGGUAUUUGGAGAAUUGAUUAGACAAAACUGGAUAAAGCACGUGUGCUUUUGAGUUGAGGUUAUGUGAUAAAGCAAGUGACCUCAACUCAAAAGCUCCACUUACUAACUUUUGGAGCUUUCAACCACAACUUGCGGUCUUGGCUGUCUCAGCUGUCAUCAUAACGUAAGAGUGGAAAAACAUGUUUUAUGAGCAUCUUGGAAAUUACAAAUAACAUAACAGCUUGAGGGUUCCCCAUACCCUUUUGUCCCCCUAAACCUCCUUAUAUAAAACAGUCACUAUGCUGGUUAACAUGAGCAUCCUGAGUGCAGUGGAUCCAUAUCACUGGACGAUUUCUAGGUAGUGAAGCCUCUCAAAAGUCAGUUAUUAUGGUUACUAUAUAAAGCCACCAAGGUUAACAUUGCAGUUUUCAGGAAACAGGCAUUCAGAGAAACGAGUUAGUCAUACUUAAUCAACCAUGUGUAUCUAUGCAAUUUAAUAUAUUGACGUACUAAGAUGCCCAACACUGUUUUAUUCAGCCAAGCAUUGAGCUGGAUUUAUGGCACCAACAUGGCUGCCACAUAAGUUUGACGUGGACAAGCUUUCGUAACUGAUGGCUCGGUUGCACCGGUUCUCCUGUUAGAUGAAUGAUGACACAUGUAAUACUCAGCUUCAGAGGCCUGCGCUCUUAAGUUCUUGAAUUGAGUUGUUUGUAAAUUUGUUUCUAAAAAAGUUUUUGUUGUUCUCUCAGAGAGUUGUAUUUUGUACUUAAAGCAGUCCAUGGUAUUCUCAGGGGUUUAAAAAACUAAAAAAAAAAAAAAAAGAAGAAAAGGUUAAAACAUUUAUCGAAAAAGCAACGUAAGACGUAUAUAUCGUAUACCAUAUAUAUAUAUAUAAAAAGUGAUGUGUGUCUAGAAACUUCCUUAUUUGGCAAGCUUCACUGUUUGAACUCCUACACGACUACUACUGAGCAUGUUCCUCCUCUCAGUAUGAUUAUAUGACCGUCAGCCCUGGGUUUAAUAGUCUCAAUCGAUAAGUAAUGCUCAUUUAAACUUGAUUGCAUUUGCAGAUGGGUGGGACAGGUUAGAUAAUAGUGGCUCGGUGGUCAACUAUAAAAAAAGGACUUUUUCACUUUCUCAGCUUUCUUGCAGCUAAGACCCCACCCAUCUGAUUCCAAAUUAGGGUGAAAAACAGCAUCACAAAUGAUUUUAAGGGCUGCUUGACCCAGGCCUGAUGAACAGACACUUAAAUAGAGGCGCAAGUCCAAUCUACUUCCUCUGUUAUGUCUGUAUGGACAGCUUCUAACCUGUCUUCUCAAGUGACCACGCCAAAGAAUAGAUCUGUGUAUCAAGGCAGCAUAUUUACAUCCUAUCUACACAAACACACGUACACGUGCUCUGUCUCUGGUUUUCAAGAUGAAGAAUGUUAGAUAAGGAUGUCAGACAACUCUGCCAGCGCUGCCCAGGUCAGCUCGGUUUAAUCCACAUCUCCACCUGGUUUGACAAAGAUCCAUAGGGUUCAGUCACAAACGCUGUGGUGUUAUGUGAACUCCUCCAUUACAGGGGGCACUGUUAAUUCUACUACACCAACAACACCAACAACAAUAAACCCAACCUGGAUUCUCCCAGAUCUCCAUUCAAGGAGGUUAACGUAGAAAAAGCCUGUUGCCUCAGUAAUGGGCUGGUUGUUAAACACAGACUCACACAUUUUAACCCCCCUCAGAAAAAAGCCAAAUGCUGCUGAACUGAACACACAACAUACAGCUCACACACUGGUAUAACAGGGUUAUAAUGUACAAGAUGACUAGUUUUUUAUGUAUAUGCGGUCCUAACUGCAUCAGGAAGUAUGAGCUUACUCAGAGUGAAAUACCCCCUAACAGCAGGAGAGUAUUAUUACUGGUGACAGCGCAGCAUCUCUGUCUCCUUUGUCCUUCAGGUGUAGCCAUCGUAGAAGAUUCACAUUGUUAGUCCUCCACACCAGUCUCUUUUUUACCAUAAAAGAGGCAAAGUAUGGGGAAAAAAUCCUAAGGCAGGGUUUUGUGUUGAAAUGUGCAAACUUUUGUCUAAAGCAGUUGCCGAAUUUGUAAAACACCAUACAUACAGAACAGGGGGAGAAAUUUAGGAUUUCUACGUUGGCUACCAUUAUUACAACCCCCAUGGAAAUGACCAUAACAACACAUACAACAACAAUAACCGCAACAAAGCUUGUGUUUUGAAGUGAGGAUGUGGCAAAGUACCAUUACGGCCCACAAAAUCCUCCACUCGGUGGCUGUUACCGUUCAUGUGUUGCUAAGACUGAAAAAUGUAAUCUUGGUUUCAAUAUUCAAUGUUCAGAGUAGCCUGACUUUGUAGACAGUGGUAUUAGACAAGGCCUCACAUUAACGGCCUUAACAUGUAGUAGCAAAUGCUAAGGCUGCACAGCACAAGCAGGAAAGAAAAAUAUAUUUGACACUUUUGUGCUGAAUUUCCUCUACAGAAAGUUGUGGAGGUAGUUCGGUGAGUUGCUUUUUCUAAAGUCAGAUUUUAACCCAAGAACAGCACCAUAGUACCUUGUCAGGCAAAUUGCAGAUUUGAUUUUUUUGUUGCUUGAUACUGUGCAGCCUUGGCAUACUCUAACUGGUUAUUAUUCUAUAUUUACAGUGUGGCUUCAAUGCCCUCUCCUUCCACUUCGUAGAUACUGUAGACUGGAGUCUUUUGCAGGUUCUUUUAUCAAUAUCCACUAGAAUACAAUUUCAAAGCAUUGCUGUCCUCUGUGUGCUACGCUGGUGUGGGUGUUGGCUCACAGCCUGAAAUGUGCUCUGAUGAUCUUUGAAUUUUGCAACUCUGUCAGGUCGGAUAUCCAGAUUAGAUUUUUCUUUUCUUUCUUGGGUUUAAUCUGUAAUAUCAGUCAUGGCGUUUACAUUUUUUGCCUCAGUGUGAAGCAUUAGUGUCAAUAUCAGCAGAAGAUCCAGUGGAAUAUUGAAGGUUGUGUUCUUGGUUCAUGGUUAAGACAUUGUGCAUAAUGGAUGAAUAUUCAACCAUACCGUUUUCUAAGUGGUGAGCUGGUGCAUGUUUGACAGUUUGUUGGAGUUGGCAUGAGUGCUGCGCCACAGAAAUAAGCUGGUCAGAAACACACCUACACACAGUGAUGCAUUCCACCUAGACUUCUGCUGAAAGGCUGGUUAAAGGCCAACACUGAUUGCUUGAGGCAGUUGGAACCUCACACAGCUGCUGUCUACUGUACCGACACUGUUGUAAAACCCCUUGGAAAGACAUCACUGCACCAGCAGGGCUGGGUUCCUCACAACUUCCUCCGCUGAGCAGAGAUCAUGUUUCAAGCUUUUUAUCAGCAGGGAGGCAGGUUAAGACCAUCCAGCAACAAAAUGCUGGUAAAUUCUGUUGUACAAGUGAAUUUGUGCAACAAAAUCAUCUGUUAAAAACAGCACUUCAAUUUCAGGUGUUGCGCAUACUAGAAGAAAAAGUUUAAUUUACACAACUUUAAAACAACAAUUGAUCAUUGCCCUGAGGUUGUUUUGAGGAACCAGAAGGGCACCAGGAUGCUGUUCAUAGGAUGUCUCUCUUCCUCUGUGGUUGCUCCUUCAUCCAAUAAGAAAGUGGUUUGAGGGCUGUCCUCAGGUCAGUAAAGCCAGGAUUGGCAAACACUUUAGAUUCUUUUGUGAUGAUAAAUUUAAUUCAAUCUUCAGCUUCUCUUCCAGGCCACAUUUUUUUGCCAUUUUAGUUAAACAAGUCUGGGGACUCAAAAUGCCUGCUGGGCUCAAGUGAAAGCAGUAAUUAUCUCUGUAACAACAUGUGAGCGGAGUUACCGACAAUGCCGCUUGUUGCAGAUGAUGUACAUUGGGUUUAGAUUUUUGACAGAAAUCUCGACCAAAGUUAAAUUUAAUGAUGGUCUGUGUAAAAAAUGGUUCAAAGGAACUGUCACUGUUUAAUCAUUUGGAAAUGCAGACUGAUCCAAUGACUGCUCAGUGCUUCCAGUUUCUGAUACCAUUGCCUAUUCCUUGCUUUACUGUCCUACACCAGCCAUACAAACACACCCACCUUACCUACAUGCGUAUCGCUGGAGUUUAUACACAUCUACAAUAAUGUAUAAUACUGUUCAACUACUACUACUAGAAACAUUUUCAUUUUCUGUGUUUUGAAAAAGCAUUUGGAAGCUGUUUAUUUCUUUUGUAACGCUUUAGCUGGCCGCCGUAGCUCGUAUCAAACUAGAAAGCCGACUCAUUAUCUGCUUCCUCUGUUUUUACUGGCGCUUUGCUCUCCUCUCUGUUACAGCAAAGCUAUGGCUUCAAGGUUUCAAACAUCCACAACACAGACACACUGCACAGAUUGGAGGUUUAGUCACACAAACGGGGCUGCUGUGGAGGCAGAAACAAGCUCACUUGUCAAGUUAAGGCUAGACUGUUGGAAUCAAAGAAUGUGAAUCGGAUGGCCUGUUCUCAUUCAUUGAUGACCUUGCAGAGUAGCCAACUGGCAUACCAAGAUCAAUACAGGCAAUUCAGUUUGAAUGUGGAAGGUCAGUUAGGUAAACUAGCUUAAUUAGGUGCAUUACCAGACGAGAAAUGUGCGAGAAAAUCUUGUUUUGACAAAUAAAAGCAGAUUACUAGAGCCCAUGAUUAGUCAAUUAGCUGCAGCUACUGUUAUAAGCAAUUGUUUUAAGUUGUUUUCAGCGCUGCAACAAUGUGUCAAACAACAGGAAAAUAACUAUUUUGAUGAUAACUGGUUUAGUUAUUUAAUUUUUUUAGCAAACAUAUUCUCUGGUUCCAGCUUCUCAGAUUUGAGAAUUUGAUGCUGCUCUUAUAAAUGAAUAAAAAUCCUUAGACUAUUGGUUGGACAAAACAAGCCAUUUGAAAACAUCACAAUGAACUGGGAGAAAUAUUUUCUGAUAUUUUAUUGUCAAAACGAGAGGGCCAUUUGAGUGGGCUUCAGUCUAAUAUCACAUAGCCAGAAAUACUCUUGGCUCCGCCCACUGUGAUGCAACACAAACUGUGAGAUCACAUCUGCCUCCAGAGCGGCUCAAAGCAAUUUUUUUUUUUUUAAACUAAAGCUCCCAUCUGCACAAACUGUGCACCUUACUCUGCCUCUGCCAUCCAACAUCUUCCUCCUCCCUGCUCACUUUCCCCCCCUCUUCUCCUCCAACCUGAAUUCCCCCCCCCCCCCC